AAAACAGGUUUCAUCUGCGUUGGCCAUGGGAGGAAACCCAGAACGUUAGAAGCAUUUGUCCCCCGUCAGGGAGACCGAUCUGACGUUUGCGACGACCCGUGUGAUCUGAUCCAGGCUUCUUCCAGCAGGGAUGGCGGCGUCCCAGGGCCCCACGAUCCUGUGGAGUCCGAUGGUGAUUGUGGAGGCUGCGGGUGGAGCCCUGCCCCAGGUUUCCCAGUAUUCAGUGAAACCUGCCAACCAGGAAGAGGACUGCUUGUCCUUUGAGGACGUGGCUGUGUACUUCUCCUGGGAGGAAUGGACACUGCUUGAUGACUCUCAGAGGCUCCUGUACCAGACUGUGAUGACAGACAUCUUCACACUCGUGUCCUCACUGAGGCUUGAACUUUCUGGGAUUCCUGACGUAACCGAGGCUGGGUCUUGUGGAGAUCUCUCUGUGCCUGCACUGAGAUUCCUGACUCCAUGUUUAUGGACAGGUUGCUGGAUCAAAGUGGAGGGUGAAGCGUCCCCUUCUGAGCAGAGUCUGUCUGCAGGAGACCUCGCCUCAUCCAGGCUCCAAGAGCAAAUGCUGAGCUGUGCCGACACACCCCUACUUAGCACAGACAGUGUGACCAUCCUCCAGACUCCCUCAAGUCUUCUCAGGCAUCAGGUGACUUACACUGUUGGGGAGCCGGCCACCAAGAGCACCGAGGGCGGAGAGGCCACCGCACAGGGUGAGAAGAGGAACUGCAAAUGCACUUACUGUGGCAAAAUCUUUACAAGCAUAUCUCACCUUAACCGGCACUGGAAGAUUCACACGGGAGAGAAGCCGUUCCAGUGCAGCGAGUGUGGGAAGUCCUUCAGCCAAAAAGCCUUUCUCAUUAAGCACUUCAGGAUGCACACCGGAGAAAAGCCUUAUAGGUGCAGCGAGUGCGGCAAAGCUUUCAAGCACAAUAUCUCCCUUAUUUCUCACCAGGGGCUGCACACGGGCGAAAUGCCUUUUAAGUGCGCCGAAUGCGGGAAGUCCUACAGGAGUAGAGAAGGCCUGAAGGUUCACAAUCGAUUUCACACCGGAGAAAUGCCCUUCGAGUGCAGCGAGUGUGGGAAAUCCUACCGGAGCCGAGAAGGCCUUCUGAAUCACUUCUACAGUCACACGGCCGAAAAGCCAUUCGGCUGCAGUGAAUGUGGGGAGUAUUUUACCCAAAACUCUGAGCUCAUGGAGCAUCUGACCGCCCAUGGCAAGCCUUUCAAGUGCAAUGAGUGCGGAAGAGUCUUUAAUUCAAGUUACAACUUUGUUAGGCACAUGAAAGUGCACAUCGUGGCAAAGCAGUACGCGUGCAGGGAGUGUGACAAGGUGUACUGCAGUAGCUCCAGCCUGUACAAACACCGGAAGGUUCACACUAGAUAAAUGUCUGGGUAGAGCAGCGAAGGCAAGAAGUCUCUCAGUCACCCAAGGGAACCCCUGAAACCUCAGCGGUGAACGCUUCAGAGCAGACGGUGGCAUCAGGCGUCCACGCCUCCAGCCCUUGAAAGUAGAGCGGUCAUUGGACUAGGCUCCAUCAUGAACUCUUGGGGUUCUGAGAUAGGCUCUGAACACCUCUGAGCAAAAGUGAUCUCUCAGAGCCCCGUGCAC